UACAGUAUUUACAGUGAAGUUGACUAACGAUUGUUGAGUUCAAUAGAAUGUCAAUACAAUGAUUGCGUGAAUGCAUUGCAUUGACUCACAGUUUAAUAUAUGUUUAUGUGUUGUCAAUGAACUCUAUAUGAGUGACAAAUGGGAAGCACUUGAGGGCACACUAUCUGAGACAUUGACAUCAAUGACACCAAUGAUACACCAAUUCCUACUAAUUAUCAACAAAAGUGACCUAAUUUGGUGAUGUCUUAACACAAGACAAUGUCAUUACCAUAAGAUGCCUAAAAGUGACAGUAAAGUCGGUACACAACUGACACAAGAAAGUCGACUCAUCAUACAAGACAUGGAUCAGUUGGAUGAGUAUAUUGAUGUACGAAUCAAUAAUAAUAAACAACGGUUUGCCUGCAAAUGGACUGAUUGUCACUUUGAGUCCAAUCAGAAGAGUUGCAUUCAAAGACAUAUCCGCAAUAAACAUCUAAAUGAUAUCAUUACUGAUGAUCAACAAAGUGGUGAAUCAAAGUAUUGGGAAAAGAUUGAGAACUCAAGUAAAAGUUGGUUCAAGAAGUCAAAGAAUAACAAACAAAUAGAUAUCAUCAAUGAAGAAGUGACACAAAAAGUUAAUAACGAUAACGAAGAAGAUUUAGUUAAUGAACGACAAGUUUUGGUGUCAUUUACCGGUGAUGACGAUGUAAAGCCAACUUUAAAAGAUUUUUUUGUUAAUGAUAAUCAAUGGUUUGAGAGAUUAUCAUCGAUGGCCGAAAUGCAAUCGUUUCAAUCAUUAAGUAGUAACGAAAUUAAACAAAACAUAGAUGAAGAAGAAUCGAUUAAGACUCACUUGAAUAUCAGUAAUAAUGAAGAAAAUAUUCUUCUGAGUUGUAAAGGAUUGGCUUCGAUGUCGAAAGUGAGACAAUAUUAUGAGAGUCAAGUGAUAAACGGAGAGAAAUUCUUUUUGUGUAAAUGGCAGAGAUGUGAGUUCAAGACUAAGAAGAGUCAAAAGAUAGCACAACAUAUAAAUCUGUCUCACAUUGGAGUCGAGUUUAAGUGCAAUAAACCUAAUUGUAAUAAAGUAUUUAAGAAUCCAAACACAUAUCGAGAACACCAGAAGAAUCACAUUUGCGGGUUCGGUAUAUUUGGUUACGGAUCUAAAGGAGUGAUCGGUGUUUGUCGUAAUGAAAAUUUGAAUAGAUAUCGGGAGAGAGUGAUCAUCGACUCGAAGAAGUUUUAUCGAUGCAAAUGGGAAGACUGUAAUGCUAUUACUCGAUAUCAUAUGGCAAUGAAACGUCAUCUUCACGGUCAUGUGUGUCCUUAUCGGGUAAAUCUGAAGCUAAAACAGAACCAACAGGUGAUAAGUGAUAUGAAAUCAGAUAAUUGGAAUCUGGAUUUGGGUUUGGGUUCGGGUUCAAUACCGUCGACUUCAACGACAUCGAUGAAUGAGAUGACCGGUGCCGAAGACAUGAGCUCAUCAUCGUUGUCAGUGUCAUCUGAUUCUAACAGUGAUGCCAUACAUCAUACAAAUAAAAAUACAAUUAAGAAUAAUAAGACAACAUAUCAAUGUCGAAGACCGAAAUGUGGCCAAAGUUUUGUGUCAAAUGAAGAUCUAAUAAAACACGAAAACUUUUUGUGUGAAUUGAUUAAAAAACAAAAUAACAAUUCGAUGAAUGAAAAUAAUUUGAUGGAAAAUAUGUUAGGAAUGAGUCCGAAAAGUAUGGAUAUGAAUGAAACUAAUGGUUACACAAGUAUUAUGCAAAACACAUCGAUUGCAAACAUUGAAAUGAUGGCAAAUGUGGACAAAUAUAUUAGCAAAACAAUGACCAAUGGAGUUAUGUAUUACUUAUGUAUUUAUGAUAAUUGUCAAUACAAUUCAAAGUUAUUGGAUAAAACAAUUGAACACAUCCAGAGUCAACAUUUAUCUGAAAUUAACUUAAAGCUUAAUAAAAAUCAAAAUAUAGCCAACAGUGAAAUAAAUGAUAAUUUUUGUGUUCAGCAAAAUGGCACAAAAAGAUCUGCUAUUUCAUUGAAAACAGAAUCUCAGGAAUCAGAAAAUUUAGCCAAAAAAUCUAAAAAUAAUAUCAUUAUAGAUGUAAGUACUUCAUCAUCAAAUCAAUCAUCACUUUCAUCAACAACAUUGGGUACAAAAAUAGCUAAAGUCAUGUUUGAAAAACAUACUAUCAAUGGACAGACAUUAAUAUUCUGUUCAUACAAUAGCUGUGAGUUUUUUACAAAAGCAAUGAAUGAAAUGGAAAGACAUGCGAAUGAAAUGCACACUCAGUUGUAUGUUUGCGAUGUGACCGACACUUGCGGUAAACAGUUUAGGACAGCAAUUGCCUUAACUCAACACAAAUUGAAUCAUAUCUGCGGCUUCAAUAUAAAGGGUCGCAAACCAACCGGUGUUUGUGAUUUGGAUAACAUUAGGAAAUAUAGAGAUGAAGUGGUUGUCGACAAUCGACUGAUAUAUCCGUGCAGAUGGUGUCCGGACGUAACAUUUGAUAACCGAUUGAUAGCUUUAGCGCACAUUCAUAACCGACAUAUCUGUCCCAAUAGAUUGUCCACUUUAAACAAUAAACAUUUAUCAAAACUAAGUGCAAAUAAUGAAACAAAUUAAUUGACAAAUAUUUAUACAACA